UCUCCAAUUCAUUCAGCGAUUAGUUCUUGAGGUGCGCGACUCGAUCGUAGAUAUACCGGGUGAUCGAUCCGGCAAGUGCACGAGUUCAAAUACGGUACUGGACGGUUUAUCUUAGUUUUGUGAGAUACCGGAAAGGAGAUACAUUGGAAAGGAUAGCGUUGAUAUUUUAAAGAUGACUGUGAUAAAAAAGUUGCUCCAUUUGCUACUAAUAACAGUAGCAGUAACUGCAGACGUCGUAAAACCUUCAAUAGCUCGAACUGAGAUUAAAGUGUCCCGAAGUUUGAACCCUGAGGACACCCAGACUUUGAACGUGCGAACGAGAGAAGGAACCAUCACCCAACUUAUCAUCAAGAAGAGAGAUGGCAAAACGCAGUUCUCUAAUUCUCAAAAUUUACAGAACAAUCUGAUGUCUGAAUCUUUGAACACUUUCAAUAGAGAUUCUAAUAAAAUUCCAACUAUAGGAAAGUUACAUCCUGUCACAAGAACUUACAAUAAUUGGAUACCUGUUCGAGAUGUUUAUUUUCAACCCAAGAUAUUAACAUUGGAGACUAUAGCUUUGGUCAAAAAUGCCACAGAGGGAGAUUUUGUCGACAACAGAUUGGGAAACAACUAUUUGGGGAAUGUUAUCGAUAGUGACAGGAUACCAAACAUACCUAAACCAGUAACCAUUUUUUCCGAGGAUAUUUACUUUAAAAACCCUAAGAAGAAAUCGCGUUCUGUGAUCCACAUCGACCAUGAUGGUAUCCCAGUCAUCCAUGGGGUACGUGUUCCUGAUGAUGAAACAGACAAAAAAACAUGGAGAAACGCUCGUGUCAUCAACGGAGAACUUGUACCUUACGAGAAAGGUUACAUACCACCAGCUGCAGUCCCCAUCGGCGAGCUAGUGUAUGCCAGCCAAGCCAACAAAAACAAGGAGGAAACCAAAAGUUCUGGACCUUAUACCAGAGAAGACAACUUCAAGCCAAGAGAUUACGGAAAAGGAGCUGUUGGGCCGUUCACCGUAAGGGACAACCUAGAUUAUUCGAAUCAACGAUACCGAAAUUCAGAACCAAUACAGUUCAAGUCCAACUCCAACUUCGGACCAUUCACCAGGUUGAGCAACACCGCAGACAACUCUGCGAAAUUGUACGAUUUCAUCAGGCAAAUCAACAGGAACGAAGCGGAGAAAGACUACACCACCAGCAGGAAAUAUAGGUCCUACAACAGCGAGCCCCAGAUCCAAAGAAGGAUGUUGCAAUAUCCUGGCCAUAACUCCUACCCCAACUCACCUCUGUACACAACCAAACUGAGUCCAGUAACAUUCACAGAAGGGGUUAGGGCUCCUGUCCUCCAGUAUGCUCAUCCUGAGUUGGGCGUUCAACCUGCCAAACCAACAGCAGAUGAAGACCACACAGAUUCCUACAGCAAGAAGAACACCUUCGCUGACAGUGGCAGACAGCAAUACCACGACAACAGCGUCGAGUACUUCAAGAAAGAUGUGAUGAAUUAUCCUUACAACUAUCCCUACACUAGGCCAAAACCAGAACAGCCUCUUUGGAUGAGAAUUGCAGAAACUGUCAAGGAUAACGUACAGACUGGGUUCGAAAGGGUUCAAAGGUUCACGAAGCCAGUGUUUGAGCCGCUGAUGGAGGCAACCCACAAGAUAUCCCACAAUUUGGGCUUGGUAGGACCACCCCAGGCUCAGCAGAAGAUAGGAUUGGUGGGACCUGUUCAAACUUCUAUUAUACUACCCGCUCUAGGUCUUGUAGCUGGAGGAGCAGCCUUAGGUCUAGGAGCAGCCGCAGUGGGCAGGUUUUUGAGCCCUGAGCAGAUGAGAGCCUUGAGAGAUCAACAGGAUGAACAGCGUAUGAGAUCGUUUGACCCCGAACGAAACAACAUUUUUCUGAUAAUGGAAGAAUCUAUCAGGAAUGACAACCAUAGGAGGUAUAAGAGGAACGUACAAGAGGAUAUAUACAUGCAGAAUCUGGUCAGCGAAAAGGAGAAUUCGAAUUUGAUGGAGUUGUCCAAUCCGCUGUACUGGUCUGAUACACCUUGUGCCAAAAAACUUUUUUGUGAAGUGAUGUUACAGCAGAGUGAAGAUGACGUUGUGCUGAUGGAGAAGAAGAUUGACAUGCUGAUGUUGAGGGUGCAUCCAGAAAUUUAUGACACAGUAUCAGCACAUCUACAGGACGUUAUGAAUGCAAUCAAAUCUAGAGAAUGUUUCAAAUUUCAAUGUACCAGAAGGUUUCCUUUACCCAAUCGGCUAAUAUGAAUUAUUCCAGUGUAUUUUUGAUUAUUUGCAUUUGCGAAAAAAUUGAAUACUGAAUGAUUGAGGGUCAAAUUUGUUGGAAAACAUUUGAUUUGCCCCCACACAAUGUUGUAGGAGAUUUGUAACCAACGAUUUCUACCAAAAAUGUUAAAAAAUGCUCUUAGCAUUCAAAUAUUGUACAUAAUUUAUAAUUUAUUCAGAAAAUAUUUACCUUAUACAAUUACUGAAAGCAAAAUAUCUGAUCACUGAGAUAUACUUAGGUUCAAUGAGAUAUUCUUACCAAUUUCUCCCUGUCUUUAUUAUUUUACACAUUUUCAAAUUUUACCCUAUUCCUACCCGAUUAUCUCCUUAUUCAUAUUUAUUAAUUACCUGUUAAUGUUAUUGACAUAUGUGCUUCAAAUUAAGUUAUUACUUCAUCAUUAUCAAAAUAUAAAAGAAGUUGGAAGCAUAUUUUAAAAUUCAUUGGAAUAGGACAAAAAUAUUCAUUAUCAAUAAUCCUUUCACCAAUCUAAUUUAAGAAAAAUUGGAGGAUUGGUAACAAAUGAAUUUUGUUGUUUUUGUUUUGAAAAAGUGUAAAGUAUGCCUUAAUUUCCACUGAAAAGAAUCAAUACCAUUACAUACUUUCUAUAGGAUAGGAUAAGAUAUGAGUUUUUUUGUACAUAGUUGUAACUUAUUGCUUUAUUGUACCUUGGAUGACAGAAUGGCACAAUGAUAACUUACUAUUCAAAUGAUAAUUCUAUAAAUAUAAAAAAUGUUCAUACAGAGGGAAUGCUCUACAUGUAUAUUUUAUAUCAUGGUUGGGAGAUUUUGAAGGCCUUCAUAAUAAAUUUUCAUUUGACUAGUCCAUAAACUGUAUACAAUGACUGUAUAUAUCAAUUCUAGAGUUAUCAUUAUUGGAUUUAUAAAAUGAAUAAAUGAUUACUAGAUAAA